AUGAUUAAGUUGCAAGUGAAAGUUAUUUCUUGGCCUUUUAUAAUUUUAACAGCAUUUUUACGCGUGCUGCAAAUUGAAAGCAUAAAUACCAAUUUCCUUGAGCUGGCAGCCUUCGAGGACUUUUUGCGUUCGGAGCACUUGAGCCAGGUUCUCGUGGUCCGAGGCGGUGAUGCAGAUGGCGACUGGCAAAUUGAAUGCCACCAGAAAUUGUUGGCCAACUAUCGUGUGCAAUUUUACCGGCCAGGAAUGUCGGCGAAUUUCGAGGAUCUCAUGUUCUACGGGUCUCCGCGCAUCGCAGCCCUGGUGCUGAAUUUCGAGCAUGUCCUUGUGAGGCGCUUCGUGCUCGGGGUGGCCUCUGAGGCCGGAUACUUUAACAACUCGCUGGCGUGGUUUAUGCUCGGUUCUUGCCGGGAAUCUCUGCCAGAUGAGCAGCUGAUUGAGCAGCACUUGAGUGGCUACAGCAUGGGCAUUGAUGCGGAUAUCACUGUGGCCUUGAGGGGUCAAGAUAAUACAACUUGGCUGGCUUAUGAUGUAUAUAGGAUCAGUCAGAAGGUGCAAACUCCUCUGAUAAUUGAAAAGAAGGGAGAAUGGUCUUCUUCUGGAGGUUACCAACUCUUGGAGAAGUAUAAGAACACUUGGGUCAUUCGGCGGCGCAACUUCCUCAAUGUCACUCUCUUAGGCAGUACUGUGUUGACAGAGAAACCUCCUGGAUUGGAUGACAUGGAGUACCUGGCGGACGAUAAGCAGCUCCAGCAAUUGGAUCCCAUGCAGCGGAAGACCUAUCAGUUGUUUCAACUCGUUGAGCGCAUGUUCAAUCUCAGCUUGGCCAUCAGAUUCACGGAUAAGUGGGGCGAGUUGCUGGAGAAUGGCAGUUGGUCCGGAGUGAUGGGUCAGGUGACGAGUCGCGCGGCGGACUUUGCCGUGUGUCCCGUCCGCUUUGUGCUGGACAGACAGCCCUAUGUCCAGUAUUCAGCGGUCCUGCACACCCAAUACAUCCACUUUAUCUUCCGCCAUCCACGUCGCAGUCAUAUCAGGAACAUAUUCUUCGAGCCGUUAAGCAACCAGGUGUGGUGGUGUGUCCUGGUUUUGGUCACUGGAAGUACUCUCCUUUUGCUGCUGCAUGUGAGGCAGGAGAGACGACUAACCCAUAUGGAGAAUCGCUCGUCAUUCGUUUGGUUCACAAUGCUGGAAACCUAUCUGCAACAGGGGCCCGCCACUGAGAUCUUUCGCUUGUUUUCAACUCGAUUACUGAUCAGCCUUAGUUGUAUAUUCAGUUUCAUGUUGAUGCAGUUCUACGGCGCCUUUAUAGUGGGUUCCCUGCUCUCUGAAAGUUCGAGGAGCAUCGUGAGUCUGCAGGAACUAUACGAUAGUAACCUGGCUAUCGGGAUGGAAAACAUAUCCUACAACUUUCCGAUAUUCACCAACACAAGUAAUAAGUUGGUAAAGGAUGUGUAUGUUAAAAUCUGCAGAUCUGGGGAGCACAAUAUCCUAACCUUACAGCAAGGGGCUGAGAGGAUAAUUCAAGGACGCUUUGCCUUCCAUACGGCUAUCGAUCGUAUCUAUAGGUUGCUCCUAGAUCUUCAGAUGGAUGAGGGAGAGUUUUGUGAGCUGCAGGAAAUCAUGUUCAAUCCUCCGUAUGACUCAGGAUCUGUAAUGCCCAAGGGUUCGCCAUGGAGGGAGCACCUGGCCCAUGCCCUGCUCCACCUUCGAGCUAGCGGCCUAAUGCAAUAUAACGACAAGAAGUGGAUGGUGACUCGUCCGGAUUGCAGCCUGUUUAAGGCAUCGCAAGUCGAAGUAGAUUUGGAGCACUUUGCCCCGGCACUUUUUGCCUUAGUACUGGCCAUGAUGGCCAGUGCCUUGGCCUUUCUAGUGGAACUCUUUCUGCACUGGCUACCGGACUUUCAACGGAGGUUGGGGGCCAUGUCCACUUAA